AUGGUCGCCAAAUCCGCAUCCAAGGGAACCCCCAAGGGCACUCCCGUCAAGUCCAAGGUAGCCACUCCCAAAUCCGCUGCCAAGGGAACCCCCAAGGGAACCCCCAAGGGUACUCCUAAGGGCACUCCUAAGGGCACUCCUAAGAGCACCAAGUCAGCCAAGGCUGCUGUUGACACCCCUACCAAGGGCGAUACUCCCUCAAAAGCCACUCCCACUAAACGACGAUCCUCCGUGUCCACCGCCGAGACCUCGUCGUGCCCUCUCGCAUCCUCCGACAACACAAUCAACGCUGCCCAGGCCCUGCUGAAGUUCACCCAAAAGCAGGCCGAAGAGGACGCCAACAACCUGCUUGCCGACGACAACGAGGAGCAGUUUAUCUACCUGGUCAUCACCUCCAAGCGGUUUGUGUCUUCCGAGAAGGCCCAGGUCCCCACCUUGGUCCAGGUCCCCCACGGUCUGUGGACCAAGAGUGCAGAGCAGCCCUCCAUCUGCCUGCUGUCCCAGAACCCUCAGAACUCGUACAAGCGAGCUCUCAAGGGCGCCACCACCCCCGCUCUGUCACGAGUGGUUGGAACACAGAAGCUGCGAGGCAAGUUCAAGCCCUACGAGGCCCGACGACAGCUGUUUGCUGCACACGACAUCUUUGUGGUUGACGAGGACAUCACCGAGGAGAUGCCUUUCUGCCUGGGCAAGACCUUUUACAAGAAUGGAGCCGUCAAGCUGCCUCUGCCCAUCACCGUGCUGCACAAGAAGGAGGAAAAACAGACUCUGAUCAAGUCCAAGGCCGAGAGAGUGGUCGAGACUGAAGACAUUGAUGUCGAGGCCACCCAGCAGGGCCUCUCCAACAUCAUGACCUCCACCUGGUACCUCAAGAGCCAGUCCAACCACACAAACGUGCGAGUGGCCACAACUCUGUUUACACCCAAGGAGAUUGCCGCCAACGUUUACGCCGUGGUUGACCAGUUCACUGCCGAUCUGCCCAACGGCUUUGAUGGCGUGCGAUCCGUCUACCUCAAGACCGGAUCGUCUCCCGCAUUGCCCAUCUACUUGGCUGACAACCUGUACACUCAGGACGAUGUGUUCAACGAGAACGACGAGGAGGAGGAGGAGGAGAUUGGUCAGCAGUCGGACGGCCGAUUCGUCAUGCCCAAGGGACUGAAGAUCGGUGCUGGUGAAGAGGAUGAGGAGAAGGUUGUCGUGGAAGGACACAAGCUGUCUGCUCUGGAUGCUGCUCUUGCCGAGGUGGUUGACGUGGAGGACAUUCUCGAACACAACAGACGAGCCGACAAGGCCUUGCAGGAGCGAAAGCGAAAGCGAAGCGACCAGGACGGUGGAGCCAAGAAGGCUAAGACGGAGUAA